CCCGUAGCAUCAUCAUCUAGGACCACAGCUUCACCAAUCUGGAAGUUCUAGGAUAUGCCUGCUGUGGAAUCAAGAUGGAGAGAUUGAAGUAAACGGAUUUAUUCGUUCUCGUUGACGAACUGUAGAACAGGAGAGAGCGUCACAUAAGAGAACCAAAAUGGAGUCGUGUGCGGAAAGUCUAGUUCAGGAGUUCAGACCUGAGAGUCUCGGCCUGAAUCAUGACAACCCCUCGGACUUCGUUAAACCCCAGUGGCCAAUAAACCAGAAGAUAUACGUGGCAUACCGACUAAUUAUAGCCGCAGGAAUGGUGGGCUGGAUUAUUUCUGACGUCAUGUACGAGACAGAAGUGUUCUAUAGUGACAGGAGAUGGCUUUACCUUAUCUACGCCACCAACUGGAGUUUCAUCCUCCUUGGGCUGACAGCUAUUGUCCAGGCGAUUUGCGUGACCUUCUACUCUUGUCGGACUGACUGGACACUUGACACUGCCUCCAACAAUUCUACAAAUUCCGGCGUCCAAGAUCGUCAGACAUUUGAGAGGAUGCCUCGAUCGUUGAAGUUCCAGUGGGGACUACAGAACCUAAGUUACAACUCUGCUGUGGUGGUGACCAUUUCCUAUUGGGGGUUCCUGACCUUCCUUGAUACAUCUAAGAUCCUGACGUCCGACAUGAGCCGCCUCAAACACACACUGAACACCACCUAUGUUGUCCUAGACCUCCUAAUAAGCGCCUCUCCAAUACGCCUACUCCAUAUGCUGUUCGCCAUCAUGCUCGGCUCCAUCUACUCGUUAUUCAACGCCAUUUACUUCCUGAAUGACGGCACCAUUUUGCAGGGACGCCAUUACGCCUAUAACGUAUUGAACUGGGAGAAUCCUGCUGAGGCCAUCGUAACAUGUGUGUUAUGCAUUGUCCAGGCAAUUCUUAGCCAAUUUAUUCUCUAUGAAAUUUACAAGCUCAGAUCAUGGAUAUUCAGUAAAACAUACUUCGACAUGGCGGCGAGUCGAGACGGUUCGGAAAUGCAGAGUAUCAUGGCCGACAGUCCAAAAUAUAUGACCCUAGAUGAGAAGAGAGAUGCAGAAGAGCACGUGACACAAUGAUGUCACAGUCAUUCGCUGAUGUCAUAAUCAAUAGAUAUCCAUCUUGGUAUAUACAUACUCAUACAUAUAUAUAUAUUGAAUGGAUUCGUUUCUAAGUCCUGAAGAGUCGUCUUUAUUUGGUCUUUAUAGUUAAAGCGAAUAAAGAAACUUGAUGCAUUUGAGGAAGAAACAUAUGUGAAUUAUUCCUACUGUAAUGUGUAAGACAGCGUUUUCACUAUCCUAAGUCUAUACUUUAGAUGAAAAAGCGGCUAAAUUAUAAAGGAAGCAUUAUUUUCAUAGCGGUGCUAAAAAAUUGUUAUCUUGCAUAAAAUCGGUUAUUUUUCUAAUUCUACAACAUCAGUUACAAAAUAGAAAAGAAUACUCUCUUUUAUUUAAGUUGAUUUUUAACCACACAGCAUUGCAGCAAAACCUACAAAAUUAUUGAAAUGUGUGAAAUUAAAAUAAAUUUUGUGUGAUAUUUCUUAACAUUGAAAGCAUUAUUCAUCGAAAGUUUCAUCUAUAUCUUCCUGUAACUAUUUGUUAAUCUCACGUUCCAAAAAUAAACCACGGUUUUUAUCCAUAAUCAAGAACCAUAAAUCUGAUAAAUGUUGUGCCAUUCUCCAAAUCAUUCAUUAAAGUUUCCUUUAAUGUCUCAAACAAGUAUUCCUUCCCGUUGCAUGUGACAGUAUAAUAGUAUUUUUGAUGACUUUGUGUUAAUUUAGUAUAACUACAGCUCUUAAUUCAAUUUAGAUAAACCUGAGAUGCGCGCACACCAAAACAUACCAUAUCGAUCAAAUCCUUUAGUGGUUUCGUUUAAGACAGAUUUGUUUCAAAUCGCAAAAUUGCUAGAUUAACACUGCCUCCUUGAAUACAGAUCAGCGAUUAAAAAAGGUGUGUAAAUUGUACACAGAAAAGAUUAUAACAACUCUUCACAUUUGGUCUUAUACAUAAUGUUUCUAAGACCUUUUGUUUUCAGAUUUGUAUUUUUUUUAUUAUUAUUUAUUGUGAGAUAUGAAUCAGGUUAAAUCAGCUUUCUGUGGUUAAAGUUAUGAAUAUUUACGUCGGUUUAUGUAAAGAGAAGAAAAAUCUGGCUUAGCUGCAUGAUAUACAUAUUGUCAUAAGCAGUUCAUAAUUUGUUCAUAUACAAGUUAUAGUCGGCUGCAAAUGUAUUGUCACUACUAAUCGGAAACACGUACAUGUGCGUCAUUUCCUUCAUCAAAUAGCAAGCUUCUAUAAAGUUUUAAGGAACUUCGAGAAGACUAUAGAAAAUACAUUGCUUCAACAUUAAUGGAACAUUACAGAACACUAUUUCAAUUAUGUAACAGUUUUUAAAGAGCAUGGCUUUUCUGCUUUGAUUGAUGAAUCUGAUUGCCAUUUGAAAGUUCGAACCUUAAACGCUGGAUAACAGAUUGAAAUCCUGUUUAGAAGUGCUAAGAUGGAGAGAAAAUGGACAAGUUAUCGUUCUGGAUAUAUGAUGAUUGAUCAUCCAGCUAUAUUGUGGAAAGGCGUAUUGGCAUUAUCCAAUAAGGAACGUUCCAGCCACAACAUGGGAGAUAACUCGCGUUCCAAAAGUGAUUGGCAAUUUGGAGCCUUAGUUUCAUGUGCAGUUCCUGGUUCAUUAUAUCUAGAAUAGGAUAAUAAUCCUCGUCUAUUUCUGUUUUGAAAGUUUCUAUAUGCCGGGAGUUUACCCUCGUUAAUUCAUUGUUUAUGCAUGCUAUGAAAGUUAUAUAUUAUGAUAAACAAACAUAUAAUGUUUGACAAUCAUUGAAUUCCUAGAGAUGUAUAUUUUCAGAAAUAUUCAAAUCAUAUGACAUUUCUGUGGUGUUUUAU